AUGGCUGUCCAGCAGCAUGUGCUGAAUUGGCUCUACAGCGUCCUGACGAGCGAAUACCAAGACGUCAAUCGGACAUACAAUGACGUGUCGCAGGCGCUCUCCUACUUCCCCUCGCUGUCGCCGCGGACCGACGUUCACACCUUCCCCAAUGGCGCAUCUGCUCUCCUUCUUCACCUGUCCGGCACAAUACCGGCUGUCUUCCGCGGCGCCACCUACCGCUACCCCAUCUCGCUCUGGGUGCCGCACAACUACCCGCGCGAGGCGCCGCUCGUCUACGUCACACCGACCGAGAAUAUGAUGGUCCGCCCUGGCCAGCACGUCGACCCCCAGGGGCAGGUUUAUCAUCCGUAUCUUGCCGGCUGGGCCGAGUUUUGGGAUAAGUCGACGAUAUGUGACUUUCUGACCAUAUUGCGCGAUGUCUUCGCCAAAGAACCACCUGUCAUUGCACGCCAGGCCCCGAGAGCAGCGCCAUUACAAGCACCAGCCGCAUCACCAACACCUCCGCCCGUCCCUCCACCGCCACAAGAGCUGGCCUCGCCGCCGCACCCACCCCCACUGUCACCAAAGGCAACCGCUUCACGACAACAGCAGCAGCAACAGCAGCAACAACAGGACCCACCACCGCCACCACCACCACCAAAGGCAAACGGACAGCCACAGCACAGCGCCGCUGUGCUGGCGCAUCACACCCCAUCGCCGCCACCCGUCCCGCCGCAUCCCUCGUAUACCAACGGCAACAAUGCCUACCCAGCAUCGCAAGCAACCCCGAGCCCCCCUCCACCACCUCCUCAUCCGUCAACCUCGGGAGCUGGCGGCGUCCGCAGCUCGUGGUAUGGCGCAAGUCCACCACCGCCGCAAGCCGUCGAAGCAGGACCGUCUGCACGGAGUGCUAGCGGGGGGCCACCGGUCCCAGGCCGCCCUGAACGCCCUGACCGACCCGACCGACCUGCAUACCAGCAAUCACCUCUCGGCCAGCCGCCCAUGAGCCCGAGCCAGCAGCACCAGCAGCCACCAUAUAACGCCUCCUACGGACAGCCACAGCCUUUACAACCAUCCAAGUCGUCUCCGCCACCGCCCUCCGUGCCUUACGGCCAUCAGUCCUCAAAUGCCUACUAUCAGUACCAACAACAGCAGCAGCAGCCGCAACUAGUCCCGCCACCAUGGCAGCAGCAGCAACAGCAGCAGCAACAGUUCCAGCAGUAUAACCCCCAGCAACAGCAACAGCAGUAUCCACCACAGCAGCAGUUCCUUCAGCAAGUUCAGUCACGGCCGCGGCAACCCCCUCCGCCCGAUCUUAUGGACGAGCCCGCCACCAACGACGCUCCUAACGGCCCCUCCGACGGUGCCCACCUCGGCGACAGCCAGUCCGGCCGCGCACAAGCUGGAUCCGUGCAGCCGCCGCCCGUACCGCGCAACCCGGAAAAGGACGCCCUCCUCCACCAGCUUGCACAGACCCUCGCGGCCCAACGCCAGCAGAUCCGUGACAAGAACGACCUGUCCCUGGCCGGUCUGCGUGCGCAGCGGGCGGCCAUGCUGACGGCGGCCCAGCGCCUGCAGCAGGACAUGUCGGACGUGGCGCAGCUGUCGGCGCUGCUGACGAGCAACACGGACAUUCUGCACGAGACGUUGGCCGCGGCCGACGGGCUGGUGGCGAGCAGCCAGCAGACACCGGCGCCGGCCGUGGACGACCUGCUGGUGGGCCCCACGGUGGUGGCGAACCAGCUGUACGACCUGGUGGCCGAGGAGCGCGCGCUGGCCGACGCGGUGUUUAUGCUGGGCCGUGCCGUCGAGCGCGGGCGCGUCAGCCCGGUCGUUUUCGCCAAGAUGACGCGGUCGCUCGCCCGCGAGUGGUACCUGAAGAAAGCCCUGGUGCGCAAGGUCGGCCGAGGCAUGGGCCUCGCAUCGGCAUAG